AUGGAAACAGGAUAUUCAAAAGCUGACAUAAAUACUCUCCCUAAAGUGGAUUUUUUUAUGGUCCAGCAUUUCCUCUCUACUAAUGAUAAGUUUCGAGAUGCCAACAAGCGUGGAAAAAUUGAAAGAUCUAAUAAUCCCGAUUACUUGAAGUCAGCUAUUGGCAGAGUUCAAUACAAAAUUGAAAAUGGUAUUUAUACUAUCAAAGCCAAAGUCGUUCCGGAACACAAGGUGACCAGCAAGCAAUACAGCGUAGUGGCAAUCGUCGAUACUAAGCUGGAGAAGAUAGAAGACGUCUACUGUGAAAGUGAAAGCGAUGGUUGCAAAGCGGCAGCUGGUGGCUGUAAACACGCAGUUGCAUUUUUGUUCUUCCUGUACGAGAAGUUUGCAUCACCUUCACCAACUGACACUAACUGUCUAUGGAAAGUUCCACAACUGGCGCGUGUCGAUGAAAAUAUCGACAAUUUUGAUAUAAGCAACUGUGCUGUAACUGGUGUGAAAAGAAAAACGGAUACAGAAAGCGGAAGUGGGAGAUUUCUUCAAACAUUACUUGAAAAGUGCCCUAAGUCACACACAAACACUGCCUUGAAGUACUUCAAACCCACCUAUGAAGGUGAUGUAUGCAGUAUGCAUAAUUUAAUGCUGGAGUUUAAAUCUAAAAAUUCGGCAACUUAUAGUUUCAAAAACUUCAUUUCUUUUUGUAAAAGUUCAAUGACCGAAAAAGCUUGUAAUUUUAAUGAGAUAAACACUAGAGGACAGGAUUCGUCGUUGUGGUACCAUUUAAAAUUUGGCCGAAUUACUGCGUCCAAGCUAUAUGAGUUGUCACGCUGUGCAACUCCCGAUGGGUCUCUAGUUCAUGCUGUUCUGGGACGCAGCAACAAAACUACAGAAGCUAUGGAGAGGGGCCUGUGGCUUGAGAAUAAGGUAGUCAAUAUUAUUAAAAAAUACUAUCCAAAUGUGAAAAGAUGCGGGCUUUUUCUACAUCCUCGAUAUCCCGCGUUUGGAGCUUCUCCCGACGCAAUCAAUGCGACAACUGUUUUCGAAAUUAAGUGCCCUUUUAAGAAAGAAAACAAAAAAUACUAUGUUGAAGAUGACGGUAAACUUAAAGAUAAAGUAUAUUCUCAAAUCCAGCUGCAAAUGGUUAUGACGCAAAGAGAAAAUGGAGUUCUAGUGUUGGCCCGCCCAGGUUUUGAGAAAAGCCGAAAUCCAGAGAAACUUGUAGAGUUUUACGAAAUUGCUUUUGAUGAAACUUACAUAACAGAAAUAAUGAAAUCUAGUUUUAAGUUUUGGUGUAAGAAUAUAUACCCUAAAUUAUAUGAAAAUUUUUGA